AUGUUAUUUUAUAAUAUUGAUCAUUGUUUUGAACAGAUUGGUAACGGUGAUCAAGCUUUGAUUUUCUAUGAGAAAUCACUCGAAAGAUGCAAUCAAGCAUUACCAGCGAAUCAUUCUCAAACAGCAACAGUUCUUUCAAAAAUAGGUGGCUUAUAUUAUAAUAAAUCGAUUUGGCCCACAGCAAUAAAAUAUCUUGAAAAAGCAUUGAAAAUCAAUAAAAAUAUGUUGCCAAAAGGUCAUCCAGAUCUUAUUAUAGACUACGAUAAUUUAGUAUCAAGUUAUCAUUAUCUAAGAAAGGAUGAUUUAGCCAUCAAUAUGUAUGAAAAUGCAUUAAGUUCCGAGUCAACAAGUUUUCAUGUUGCUCAAGCAUAUAAUAAUUGUGUAGCAGUAUAUUUCAAGCAAGGAAAUUAUGAAAAAGCUUUAGAAAAAUUCACAAAGGCUUACGAAAUAGCAUCACAAUUAUCUCCUUUUGAGCCAUCAUAUUUAUCAAUGUAUCAACAAAAUUUAGAAGAAAUAAAGCGAAAACUUCAGAAAGUCGCAAUCAAACUAAGUUCUCCACAAUGA